AACCAUGAUCUGUGGUUAAGUUUCCGACUCUUGGUUCCUCAUUAUUAAUUGACUGAUAAGAUUACGGCGGAUUUAUUCCAAAGUGUCACGCAACCCGUUCACCUUCCAUUCUGAGUCGAAUGACCGCAAUGAAACUGCUCCUCUUACUCUUCGCCGUUUCAUGGAUUUUGGGAAAUCUUGAGAGUCACUCUUCAUCAGAUUUGAUCAGAACCGUUGAAGGAGAAGAUUACAACAUUACUUGUUUGCGAUCAGUUAAUGACACCGACGCAACAAACAGCUUCAAUUUCUCUUGGCACAGAUCUGGCGAAGACGAUGCUAUAUCAAACGCAAAGCUAUUAAAAAUUUUGGACAUUAAAAGGAACAGUUCGGGGAAUUACAGCUGUACUGCAACAAACAAUACCGCAAACUUGGUUCGGAAUAUCACAGUGAUUGUGUACUAUAAACCUGCAAUAAAUAGAACAGGUCUUUUGUCUCAAAUAAACUCAUCCCUUUACCAAAAUUCCUCACUAAUCUGCCGCGCAGAAGGGAAUCCGACACCGGAAAUCUCAUGGUCAAAAGACGGACGUGUGAUAUGGAAUGGAACCAUAUCUGGGAUUUUUGAUAUCUAUCCUUCUAAGGCAGAGGAGUUUGGUAACUACACUUGUGCGGCACAGAAUAAACUUGGAAAGGAUGAACUACACGUUGAAGUAAUACGAACAGCCUUUCCACCUGACCCACCAACCAUCACAAAUAAAUUUUUACAACUAAUCGACCCUUCUCUCACCCUUCGAUGGACAAAACCUGAAGAAAAUGGCAGACCAAUUUUUAAAUACGUGAUCUGUCACCGGGUGUUGAACUCAAGUCAAUGGAACGAAACAGACGUUGGAAACAUCUUGAACUAUAAUUUCACACUGAACUGGGGCGUUUCCUAUGAAUUUGCUCUAAUGGCCGUAAACAACCAAGGUCGGAGUAAUAAAAGUAAACUGGAGACUUUCACCGUUGUACCUGAACCAACACCAUCGACUGCCAAACCCACAACGAUAAUUCUAGAACCAAUAUCAUCGACUACCAAACCCACAACGAUAACUACAGAACCAACAUCAUCGACUGCCAAACCCACAACGAUAACUACAGAACCAACACUAUCGACUGCCAAACCCACAACGACAACUUCAGACGGCUCAAAUGUCCCCUUAUAUGCUGCUACUGUCGGUGGCGGCGUUGGUUUUCUUGCAAUUGUUAUAGUGGUUGGUUGCUGUAUUAAAAGAAAGCGUAAUACAGGUUACCCCCGCAUGCAUGUGCAAGGGGAACAUGUGACGGAACUGAAGACAGCAAUUGAACACGCUUAUAGGAAAACAACUCCAAUGCAAGAACUGUGUGAACUUCAGCCGCGCGAAUUCGAUCCUGAAAGGAGUCCUCGAAGGGCCGAAAGCAUACCAAAUACGUACAAUACGGUAUUUCGCUCACAAUCUUCAAUCAGCAGUGAGCGAGGACAAACUACUUGCGCUGUGUAUGCAAACCUUCCAUGCUUAGAAGAAGAAAAGCAAUGGGAAUUCCCCAAGAACAAGCUUCAUAUAGAAAAGUAUGUUGGCAAGGGUGCAUUCUGCGUGGUUGCUCAAGCCCGUGCUGAAGGACUGGGAACUGUGGCUGUCAAGAUUCCGAAAGAAAACUCUCCAGAUUCAAACAAGGAAGACUUGUUAGCAGAAUACGAACUCAUGAGACAGCUUCAACAUCAUCCUAAUAUAAUUCGUCUGAUGGGCGCAGUGACAAUGUCAGAUCCAGUAAUGGUUCUCUUCGAGUAUAUACCAUUUGGCGAUCUUCUCGGUUACUUAAGAAGAUCCAGAGGCCUCAGUGACAAUUACUAUAAAGAUCCCGAUGUUAAACCAUCAAGUUCUCUUUCAUCUAAACAGCUUCUUAAAUUUUCUCGAGAAAUUGCUGAUGGUAUGGCUUUCCUGUCAGCAAACAAGAUAGUUCACCGCGACUUAGCGGCCAGAAACGUACUUGUAGGCGAGGAAGAAACAUGCAAAAUAACAGACUUUGGGAUGGCCAGAGAUGUGCAAGGAGGUGAUAUUUAUCAAAAACGGUCAAAGGGUCGCCUCCCAGUGAAGUGGACUGCAGUGGAGGCAUUGCUGUAUGGUUCCUACACUACAAAGAGUGAUGUGUGGAGCUAUGGAAUUGUAUUGUACGAAAUCUUCACCAUAGGAGGUCGUCCAUACCCCACGGUUCCAGCUCACAACAUCCCCUAUAAGAUAAAGGGUGGUUACAGAAUGCCUAAACCUGCCCACUUAGACGAUGACAUCUAUGCGCUGAUGUCUGAAUGCUGGGAUAUGGAGCCGGACCGCCGUCCGACAUUUGAUUCUAUUAGCAGAACAGUCAAACGGCUUGAGCACGGUCGCAAGGAAAUUAUUUACAUGAAUGUUUACAACAACAAUCUUUAUAGUAACCUGGAGGACUGGGAUGAGUAAUGACAAGGAUAGAGAGAGAAUUCAUAUUGAUAGAGGGAAACUUUUGUUGCACUCAUUCUAAGCACUUGUACCUUGUUACUAGAAGGCUAUUUUUUUUCCUGUCCUGCUUCUUUUCCUUUUUUUUUUUUCUUUUUCUUUUUGGCGAGAGUUUUUUACCAUAGGUUGCGAUGCUAACAGAUAACUUACUCUUUUAGCUAUUCAUUAUUUGAUUUUUAAGGAAUAUAUUAUACCUGCAGUAUAGUAUAGUAUAGGUGAGAGGGAGCGGCUACCUGGAGGUGGUGGAGUAGUGUGAGACAUUUUCUUGUGGGUUCAACGUUUUAAAUUUCUAAAGAACCAUCGUAGCAUAUAGAUGAUACGUGAUGUGCUUUUCAAACAAAAAGCAUGAUUCAAAUUUUGCUAAGCAAAGUUAAUCAUGUCUGAAGCUUCUUGAGGAGCGUUCCUCGUUCUCAUGAAAAGCGUUAGCUAUCGUAUCAUGGUUGUUGGCACAAUAUGGCCCUUACCGCUAUGGCAAAGUCGCCGUUGUAGAUAUGUUGAAAUAGGAGAGGAUGCAUUGAAUGAUCGCCCAAAAGAAGCGUAGCUUUCAAAAUAAGCAAUCGUUAAUAGAGACCCGACGGGAACUGAAGUGUAAAUAAGUGACAAGGAAAGUAACGUUUUUCGAGUUCAUUUCUUUGUAAUUUCUGACAUUUAACGAUAUGAUAUAACUUGCUUAGGUAAAAAAAGUACGAAACAAAGGUAUGGUAUCUUGGUAUCUUGAAUGUAAGUCCACUACACUUUUACUAUACCCCACCUAUGCCAAACCUGAAAAUUAUGACCAACCUACGUUAGCGGUGUAGCGCCCUUAACAACUGAGUCAAAAGGCCAGCCACAUUCAAUCGCUUCGAGGCCUUCUUAGUUUCAUUUUAAAUUAAAAUAGACGCUAGUAUUUGUGAAUUUUACUACAAGAGUUACACUUGAUAUUUUUUGUACCCUCUGUCACCUGUUAAUUGAAUCAAUGUAUAUGAUGAGUUCAAAUUUUAAUUUCUUUUGUUCUUGGGUAUUGUAAUGUAUGAUAAUGAGUUUGAAACAAAGGAAAAUAAAAUUUGAAUCAUGAAUAAAAUUGAACCACAACACAUCCAUCACUUACGCCAUCAAUCUAAGGGCGUCUAUUCCUAACUUUAAGCGCAUAGAAGCCUUCUAAGAAUGCUUGCCAAACACUUUCCAAUUUAAAUAUACUUUGAAAUUAAAUAAUAUUUUGUCUAUACUGUCCCUGGUUUCAUUUCGAUUUGAUACGUCCCAACUGAAUUCAGGGCAUAUUAACUAUGCUAGCUCUACCGAAACUUUACAAUUGUAAACCUACACAGUAUUUUAUGACAAAAAAAAAUACAUGUUUGAAGGAUAACAUCUUUGUGCGUUCUGGAGGGCCCUUUAGAACUCACUUUGAAUGAUGAAAAUGUGUGCCGUGUAUUUAACAUUCUAUUACGUGCAUAAUUUUGUGGCUUAAAUACAGUACUGGACAACAACAGCCCUGCGAUAUUUCCAACUGAAACAUCGCUCAUAUAUCACCGAUGC